UAAAUUUGUAUCAAACCUAAAAAAAAAGAGAGGAAGAAAAACUGUCUUCUUUUGUAAAGAUACAUUGUUUAGACUGUAUGAGUGUUGUUGCAAGAUUACUUUUGUAAUUUUGUAAACGAUCUCCACUUCAUUUUCAGCAUCCUGUGUUCCUUCCUUUGUGUCAUUGAUUGCAUAUUCUUCCAUUCCAGAAGUCUUUAACCUCUCCCCCAGUCCUGCCAGGCAGAUGAGCUCUCCGUGCAUAUUGGCAACUGUUGCAUUUUCUUCAAGUUGUUGUUGUGUAUGUUUAGUUUUUGAACAGCGCCACUUGCUUGUUUCAGCUUAUUGGGAGUUUCAUUGAUCUCCGCUUUUCAUUGUCAGCUCAGCGGGCUGCCCCUGCAGCGCUUGCUCAUUUGCUACUACUGAGCAAGCGCUAUGGGGCGCAAUAGCCCACCAAAACCUCAGAACCUUUCGCCUCUUUCGUACCAGCUGUGAUGUUCAUUCCGUGGCCCACCGACAAAAGGCCGCGACCCACCGAGGAUUUCCCCGGGCAGUCCCAUACGUAAGGCCAGCCCUGUUUUGGACAAAAAAAAGGGAAUGUACGUUUAUUUUUUUUAUUUUUUUAGGCCCAUACCAAUAAAACAGCGUUCAGAUAUCUGAGACCAGUUACUGAGAUGGUGUCACGCGUUUAUACAUUUGGCUAUGUAGAAAUAAAUAACGCCGAGAGGGAAAUGGUACAUCCCAAUCUACAACCGUUCCCCGCGAGAGUCGUAGCGGCACGCGCGCCAGCCGUUGCGUGAGGAUGAUGACGCACAGCGGCGGCAGAGAUGGAUCAGCACCGCUGGCGCUGAGCGUGAAACCCCGGCUGUCAAAUUCCAGCGACAAACAUAUAUCAAUGGAGUGCUCGGUCAGCAGUUGCGACGGCAAAUAGGCUGACAUGGCCGCCCUUUUUUGAACCGCAAACCGCAGCGUCUGGCGUAGACCCACCGAGGUAGACCGGAGGGGCUGCGUGCCGUCGUGAGGAGGCGACCGGGAGAUGGACUGGGGGACUGCGGAAAGCGACGAUGACGGAAACACCAGCGAGGCAGCGGCCGCCGGUGCCUGCCUACAACUUGACCUCGGAGACUCCGAUUCAGCCAAGAAGACUCAAAUAACAGAGAUGCCAUCCCCGUUUGGAGCAGACCAAGGCCGUGAGAAGAAGAUUGGCCACAGGAGAGUGGAUGCCUCUGGAGAGACAACAUAUAAAAAGACCACCUCCUCUGCCUUGAAGGGGGCUAUCCAGUUGGGUAUUGGAUAUACUGUUGGCAACCUAAGCUCCAAGCCUGAGAGAGAUGUGCUUAUGCAAGACUUCUAUGUGGUUGAAAGUAUUUUCUUUCCCAGUGAAGGAAGUAACCUCACUCCAGCCCACCACUUCCCAGACUUCCGAUUUAAAACCUAUGCCCCCAUAGCCUUUAGGUACUUUAGAGAGCUGUUUGGGAUCCGACCAGAUGACUACCUGUAUUCUCUGUGUAAUGAGCAAUUGAUUGAGCUGACAAAUCCGGGAGCCAGCGGCUCCAUAUUCUACGUAACACGUGAUGACGAAUUCAUUAUCAAAACCGUCCAGCACAAGGAGGCAGAGUUUCUGCAGAAACUGCUCCCCGGAUACUAUAUGAACUUAAACCAGAACCCUCGAACUUUGCUGCCUAAGUUCUUUGGCCUCUACUGUGUCCAGUCUGGGGGAAAAAAUAUCAGACUUAUUGUGAUGAACAAUAUUUUACCACGAUCCGUACGCAUGCACCUCAAGUUUGAUCUGAAGGGCUCGACGUACAAGAGGCGAGCAUCCAAGAAGGAAAGAGAGAAAUCCAAACCUACUUUUAAAGACCUGGAUUUCCUGAGUGAUGUACCAGAAGGCCUCACCCUUGAUCAGGAAACAUACACCGCUUUGGUCAAAACACUGCAAAGAGACUGCCUGGUUCUGGAGAGUUUCAAGAUUAUGGACUACAGUUUGCUGCUCGGCAUCCACAACAAAACCUUAGCUGAGAAAGAGCAGCAGUCACAGGGGUCGCCUCCAGGUGGGGAAGAGAAGAAGCCUGCAGGCCAGAGAGCUUUGUAUUCCACUGCCAUGGAGUCUAUUCAGGGCGGCUCCACAUGCAGGGACACACUGGACCACGAUGACACAAUGGGGGGUAUUCCAGCUGUGAGCAGCAAAGGGGAGCGUCUCCUGCUGUUCAUUGGAAUUAUUGAUAUUCUGCAGUCCUACAGACUGAUUAAGAAACUGGAACACUCUUGGAAGUCUCUGAUCCACGAUGGAGACACCGUUUCAGUUCACAGACCUGGUUUUUACGCUGAAAGAUUCUACAAAUUCUGCAACACAAUUGUGUUCAGGAAGAGCAGCUCACUACGAUCGUCUCCAUCUAAGAGAGGCCGAGGGGCUCUGGCCGCGUCUAAGUCCAGUGCUGGAGCCGGUCCAGCUGGACAGCGUCCCUCCCUGAGUGAAGAAAGACAAGAAAACUUGGACAAUUUAGAGAAUCUAAGAGGAGUCCGCAACUUUCCUUUGCUUGAUGAGAAUGGGAAAGAGCCACCCUGCACUCCUCCUUCAUUCGAAGAUGCCACAACAGCAUCUAUAGCCACCACUCUCUCAUCUAAUAACUCCUUACCGACCACCCCUUUUGAUACACCAGAACAUCCACGUUUCAGGAGACAAAUGCAUUCCCCAAAUGUGGCCAGGUUACAAAAAGAAGUUGUAGAUGUACACGGUGAACGACAGGACACCAUAACUGUGGAGGUGGAGCUUAGCAAAAUCCCACAGAGCACAGAGCUCACUCAGAUGACAGAAAAUGCCUCUCUGAGCCAACAGCCACAGGAUCGCCAGUCUUGUGUAGUUCCCUCAUCUACUCCCUCAUCCCAUGAAUAUUCCUCCUCCACCCUCCCAGCUUCCUUUAUGUCUUCCUCCUCCACUGCUCAUUGUGCUGCCCAGUCCUCCUCCACACUUUCGUCAUCCAUCUGUCCAUCCAGCAAACCACUUAGUUCUGCCACUGCCGCUCAGUCUUCCACCCUUCCCUCACCAGUCUCCCAUUCUGCAGCAAAACCUCCCCCCAGCAGCUCAACGUCCGGCGCCUCCACCCUCCAUCCUGCCUCCGCAUUUACCCCCAUCUGCCCCGCAUCCACUCUGCCUUCCGACCGCGGUUCCUCCCAGCAUCUCACAUCCACACCUACCUCCUCCGUCCCAUCAAGCCCCCAGGUGCCCCGGCCUGCACCACGCACCCAACACAAUCAGCUUUCUGUGUCCAGCAGCCACAACUCGUUGGAGGGGGAGGUGCAGGUUUCUGACAUUUAUUUUUAUGCAGAUGGCAGAUACUGGGUGUACUCUCCGGUUCUUGGCCGUCGUAAGCUUAACUCUAGCUCAAGUUACAGUACUCAGGAGGACCGGAGCUGGGUGUACUCUCCUAUGCACUGCAGCUCAGAGUCCAGAAGGGGCUCAGAUGGGGAGAGUGAGACAGUAUUAACUCACAGUGAAGAUCCCAGUGAUGGAGUCAGAGGCUGUCUCAAACACAAAGGCUGUGAGGUUUUAAAAAAAGAAAAAGAAAAACGCCAGCAGGACAAUGAGGAUUCCCUGCUGGCUGCUGAAGCUGCAUGUGGAAGUCUGCUUUGCCAACAGCAACAUAGACUAACAGAGGGAACUUAAAGGAUGAAGAAUUUCACAGUGAGAGUGCAGGAAUGCAUUUUUGACACAUUCAAAUGAAUGUACUGACAAAAUUAUCAUCACGAUGGCAAACAUUACCUCAACUCUCGGACAAUCUGAUUGAUAUCAAGCGGAAACGUAGAAAUCACAUGAUAAAGUUCAUCUAAAGGACACUGCUCCCACGUCUGGUGUCUUCCAAGAAACGUGGCCCAUUUGCUCUGUUAGCUGCAUGAUGACUCAAUGCCUAAUGUAUACAACAUGUAUAGAAAAACAAAGUUUAAAUCCCGGCCCUAAAGUUUGUGCAUCAUCCAUCAGUUUCCAUUGCUGUGGCACGGUGGCAGGAAGUAAAGCGAGGUAGCCCAGACAUCCUUCUCCCCAGCUAUGCCUAAGCAAUAAGGUUUAAGCAAUUUUUCUGACUGACUCAGAUGUAAUUAUUUCAGACUUUUUUCAUGCGUUUAUUUCUAUCUAGGGGCAUGUCAGAUCUGUGUAAUCUUAUCCGUAGCACUUUAUCAGUGUUGGUGUGGCUGAGGUCUUUAAAAACCUUUGUGUUUUAAUAUUUCGUCAAAAGAAACUACGACACAGUUGAUGUUUUAUGUUCUGUGUACACACAGGGAUGUUAUUCCACUGAUAUGUAGUGGUCCACUUAACCAAUUUUAAUCUGACAGCGAAUGAUUCUUAUUCAAAUUGCCUUACUUAGUAACUCAUCACGAUCGUACAUUUUUUAUAUCUUUUGGCCUCACGUAAUCACUGGCAAAAAGACAAAAACUCAGAAGUACGCACAUGCAAAAAUAUUUAAUUCUGAGUGAAUUUGAAGGAAAUUCAAAACAUUAUAAAACUAAAUGGUGAAGAAAUAUUUUUGUAAAUUGUUUAUUUGCAUGUGCAAAAGCACGUGGAUGUAGGUCAGUAUGUGCUGUUAUUUUUCUGUGUGUGCAUGUGUUUGCAUGCAUAUGAUGUGUGAUGGAUUGGGUGACACGUGUACGAUUUUUUUUUUCUUCUGUCCGUCUUUUUUUAUCAAACUGUCUCUCUUGUUGUUCUCAUCUGUGACAUUUUGAACCAGCUAUUAGCAUGUUGGCUGAGGGAUAAAAAAAAACACACACUUAACCCAGUCUUUCAAAUGUCAGUUGACUUAUCAGAACGUAACAUAUUUCCAUAGAAACUGUACUCAGUUGUCUAUACAGUUUACAAAGUAAAGGCAGAAAGAGACUGCCAUCUUACUUACGUGGUGAUAGUUAUUGAAAUGAAAGACAUCAAAAGUGGACUCCCUGUGUAUGUAAGCACCACUGUACCAUGUUAUUGUAUUAUUCAAGUCAGCUGAUGUUAACCUGCCUGUUUGUAGGCAACAGUGUUUGUAGCGUAUCACUGUGACAACAGAAUAAAAUAUAUUGCUC